AUGUUUGAUGUAGUAAAAUGAUCACUGCUCAUAAUUAUAUAGUAUAUCUUAAAUCAAGAUCAUCCAACUCCCUAUAAUCGAUCUAAGUCCAAGUCCAAGAACCAAAACCAAAUCAAAAUGGUUUCACCUUUUCCAAAAGAUUUCUUCAGCAGCUGCACCUUGUGGAAAACCCUAGUACUUGUGGCCCUGCUUCUCAAUCUCAUCGUCAACACUCAAAACCCCCAACUCUACUUUCAUAGAUGGGCUGCACCACCGCAACCAUCAUCAUCUCCGCAGCCGCUCGUCUCGAGCAACAACGUCAACGACCGCACCAAUCUGAGCCACAUUGCAUUCGGUCUGAUGGGCUCGGUCCAGACCUGGCCCCAGAGGCGGGGCUACCUGGAGGCGUGGUGGCGGCCGAACAAGACGCGUGGGCAUGUCUUCCUCGACCGGCCCCCGCCCCCGGAGCUCCUCCCCUGGCCGGAGACCGCCCCUCCCUACAAACUAGUAGACGACCUAUCCGAGCUGUUCCGACACACCAAGCCCCGCUUCUGGCUGAUGCCGCGGAUGGUCCACGGGAUCUCGGAGCUGUUGAGGGAGGUGCACGACGGCGUGAGAUGGGUGGUGAUGGGCGACGACGAUUCCGUUUUUUUUGUGGACAAUAUCGUCGAUGUUCUUGCGGAGUAUGAUCACAACAAGUACUAUUACCUCGGGUGGCACUCGGAGAGCGUCAUAUCCAACUAUUGGUACUCGUUCGACCAGGCGUUCGGCGGCGGCGGGAUCGUGCUCAGCUACCCGCUGGCGACGGCGCUGGCGAGGGACAUGGAUGCGUGCCUCCUCAGGUAUGCGGACAGCACUUCGGCGGAUUUGAUCACCAUGACUUGCAUUGCGGAUGUGGGAGUCAACCUCACACCUCAUAAAGGAAUUCACCAGGUUGAUCUACAUGGAGAUUUCUCAGGUUAUCUAUCAGCGCAUCCUAAAGUUCCCGUCUUGACCUUUCAUCACUUCGACGCAGUGGAACCCAUAUUUCCUUCCAUGGAUCGUAUGCAGUCCACGCACCACCUUAUGAAGGCGGCUGAUGCUGACCAGUCCCGAUUGCUCCAACAAACCAUAUGCUACCACAAGAAAACGAAUUGGUCUCUAUCGAUUUCGUGGGGUUAUUCUGCACAAAUAUAUGAGAGAAUUAUGCCACGAAGCUACCUACAACUGCCCAUAGAAACAUUCACGCCGUGGGCGAACGGGCCCGAGCGCCCUUUCUAUAUGUUCAACACACGCCCGCGUUCUAAUGAUUCUUGUGAAGCGCCUCAUUUCUUCUUCUUUGAAUCCGUUUCCGAGAGCACUUCAACUGAUCAAAUCAUUACAACCUAUACACGCGCCAACCAACGGGGCUUGCCGCCUUGCCUCUCCAGCGGCAAUCACUCUGCUGAUUUUAUAACAGAGAUUCAAGUAAUUUCAACCGGAAAAAAACGUCUGCAGAUUGAUAGAUGUGAAUGUUGUGAUAUUGUUCGAGUGGAUGGUGUGAAAGCGGAUGUUACACUUAGGGAGUGCAAAAUAGACGAGAUCAUAGCUUAGUCUUACAUGAAAUGUGGAAGAAUAUAUAUCGAUGUGCGAUUCACCUCUUCAUUAUAAAGUAUUGUGCAAAUAUAUUCUUACUAGUUUCCCAAUCAUCUAAAAUGAAUGUACCUUUGAGCACAUUCAAGCAGUGAUAUCCUAUAUAAACAAUGCUAUCCUUUAUAUUAA